UCUAUUUUGGGUGCUUCCUGUUUCAAAGUCCACCUGAGAACAGGUCCAGUGAAAACAGGUAAAAGGGGAGAUGUUGAGCAGGACUUUCACAGAUUAGUGUUUAUUUAUUUAACAGCGUUGUGAGUGUGUGUGAGCCUGUGAGUCUGUGUGUGAGCUGCAGACAGACAUGCAGCAGUCUGUGGAGGCUCUGGUCCGAGUGCUGGAGUCAUACAGAGGGAGAGAUAAAGUUAUCAGAACUGUCUGUUAUGGCUCCCAGCUUGUUGGAGGAGUUCUUUCCCGUAAGGCAGAACCAGACGUCUCGUCCCACCGGCUCGGGAAAAGCCUGCUGCUGUUUUCUGCUCAGCUCAGCCAGUGCAGGACGGUGCUGAGGUUGUUUGAUGAUCUCUCCAUGCUGGCUUACUCCCACAGCUACGGGUUUGGAACCAGGGAGGACGACGCAGGUGUGCGCUGGAUUUCUGUGUUGACCAAUGUGGCCGACCAGCUCUAUUACCCCUGUGAACACAUAGCAUGGGCCGCCGACGCUGAGCUCAUCAAAGUGAAGUCUGAUAAAUGGUGGCUGUUCAGCACGGUGCUGUGGGGAACUUCGCUGCUGCUGGGAAUACUCAGGUCACUCCGAGUUCUGCUGCUGCUGAAGAAGAAGCUGAAAAGAUGUGGGAGAGAUGUGGCUGGCAACAGUCGUUCUCAGCUCCGCAGACAGAUGCAAGGGGAGGUUCUCUCCAUCCUCAGCAGCAUGGCUGACCUUAGUAACGCCAUUCACUGGAUGCCACCCGGCUUCCUGUGGGCUGGUCGAUUCCCCAACUGGCUAGUGGGGCUCAUGGGCACCAUCUCAUCUCUGAUUGGUUUGAUCCAGAUGAAUUCCGACGACAGUGACCAGACAAACAAUACAUAGCCUUCACCUCACAUAGGAAUAGAUGAAAUACUUAGAUCAGCACUGAACAAAUGAUGCAGAGUGUAUCAGUCGAAAAUGCUGAAUGAUAGGAUGCGUGGCAGAUCCAGAACAAAUGAAAUCAAAAUCAUCUGGACUUAUGACUGCACAGUAAGUGAAUAAACUCAAUAAACUUGUAGCCAAUCUUCAGAUGUGACUGAAAGCCUCUUGAAAAAGAGGCAUUUGAAGACAGUGAGACACAAGAUUAGAUGAUAAGAUUAAUCAAUCAAAUGUUCUUUUAUUGGGCUUUUAUUUCUUAGCUAACUGCUGCAACAUUACAAUCAAACAACUGUGAAAUUAAUUUAGAAAAUAAAUAUGUGCCACUGCAUGCAGAUAAAAGUAUUAUAUGACAUUAUGGUUCAGUAUAUGAGGUUCAUUAUGGUUCAGAGGUUUUCAGAGAGUAGGACUUGCACUUUGUAUACAGUGAUUAAUAUAAGGCGAUUCAUAAACUGUACAUUUAUUGCUAUACCUACUGUGUCCUGGUUGUGAUGACUGGGAUGGUAGGAUGUUUCAACUGAAAGUAAUUUUCCUGUCACUGGUUAAAGACCAACUCAAUGUUGGGUUAAAGUGUAAUAAUGUCUUUAAGCAACACUACAGCAACUGGUUACAGUAAUAGUAAUCGUCAGGUGUUGAAACUGCUUUAACUGGUGAAAUUAGCAGCAGAAACAUCUGAUUUGCAUUAAAGAAUCAGUACAAAUCAUGCUACAGACAAAUUUGAGAUUUUGAAAAUAAGUUUAUAUGGAAAUGGUCUGUAUUACUGGUAAAAUGAGUAUGAGAACAUACUUGAAAUGCAAGCUGUAUAAGUGUAUGUGAUUUUUUAGAUCAUGUUAAAUAACUAACUUUUUCAAAUAAACAG